UCCAACUUGGCGAUCUCGUUGAAAAAUCUACUCCAGUAGCGCCAUCGCGUCUGCGUUGUUGAGAAUAACAACGCCGAGUGACAAAUGCAUUGUGUACAGUCGGAGAGUGAAUGGACGGUCAGUACACACCGCCAGCUGAUCGUAUGAGCGAUUAUAUUCCCCAUCGCAUACAGUUUGGAGCAAUCGAGUGUCAAGUGUCAACGCGUAAUUUUAUGCGCCACAGUGCACCCUCAUAAUUCCCAGUCCAUGCCCAGUGUGGUUUCAAUUAAUCCAAAAACAAAAAAAUAACCGAUAAUGAACGAAUCGGAGCGUGAGACAGUGGCCCGGAAACAAGUACCAAAAUACGGCUUCAAGGUACGAUUGGAUCACAAAUAUCCGGAGAAAUGGUCGCAGAAUCUGAAACCGAAAUUGCACCAAUUGCUGCCAUUAAUUCCCCUGGGGAUUCGAUAUCUUUUUUAUUAUGCACAAAUCCGCUGGAAAGGCCGUUUGCCGUUGAUGGACUACAUAAACCCGCUGCAGGGCCAACAAAUUUAUGGAGCGCCAAUUGGUGGCAUUGGAGGUGGAACCAUUGGUCGAGGGUUUAAGGGUGAAUUUUGUCGAUACUCUCUGAUACCGGGUGUUUAUCGGCACUACACCGUACAGGGCAAUCAAUUUAUAGUGACAAUACGUGAUACUGAGGGAAACACCGUUUAUAAUCAAGUUCUAUCGCCCUAUCCGAAAUCGAAAUAUCUGUCAGCAUGGAAGUGGGGUUUCGAUGGUAAGAAGGCGAAUUACACGGCGCUUUAUCCACGAUCAUGGACUGAGUUUGAUAUUGACGAGCCGAGGGUGAAGCUUAUCUGUCGACAAAUAUCGCCAGUCAUUCCCCAUAACUAUAAAGACAGUUCACUGCCCUGUGCCGUCUUUGUAUGGGAAAUAAUUAACUUGUCUGGGCGAGAUUUGGAUGUCAGUGUGACGUUCACGUUCCAGAGUGGAGUUGGGGGCAAGGCAAUGUCAGGUGAAAAAUGGAACGAGUGUUUCGAAUACAAAAGCACCUCCGGUGUGAUGAUACACCAGAAAUUGAAGGAAAUGCCAUGCACGUACGCAAUAGGUUCAAGAGCAAGGGAAAAUGUUGACAUUUCGAGGACUCUGAAAUUUGAUCCACUAGGCGAUGGAAUGGAGUUUUGGAAGUCACUCGAAUGGACUGGUAAACUUGAUGCUGAGCCAAGGAGGCAAUCCCCAAAGACAUUAAAGGAUAUUGCCUGUGGGGUUUGUGCUUCUACUCGGGUCAAAGCUGACGAAACACGGGAGAUUGAGUUCACUUUAUCCUGGGACAUGCCAAAGAUACAUUUUGCGGGGAAAUCACGAGAAUAUUUGAGGUAUUACACUAAAUAUUUCAGUUCAUCAGAUGGCACAGUUGCGCCAGAAAUCUGCCACCACGCAUUGAAUAAUUACGAGACAUGGGAAUUGGAAAUCCAUAACUGGCAAAAAAUGAUUUUGAAUGAUAAUGACUUGCCAGAGUGGUACAAGAGUGCUCUAUUCAACGAAUUAUAUUACGUAGCUGAUGGAGGCUCCGUAUGGCUGCGUACCGAUGAACCUGAUAAUUUGGAAUUCCAGGAUAUACGGAGAGAAUACGGCCAAUUUGCAUAUCUCGAGGGCCAUGAAUAUAGGAUGUAUAAUACCUAUGAUGUACAUUUUUAUGCUGCAUUCGCCUUGGCACAAUUGUGGCCACAUUUGCAAGCUAGCGUACAAUACGAAAUUCGAGAUACUAUUCAAAUGGAAGAUAAUCGUGAAAGAUCGUCACUCUAUGAUGGCUCCAGGCACGUAAGGAAAUUGAAAGGCUCUGUACCACACGAUGUUGGAGAUCCCGAGGAGGAGCCAUUUCAAAUGAUAAAUGCAUAUCCCAUUCACGACGUAUCCGCCUGGAAAGACCUGAAUCCGAAAUUCGUUCUCAGUUGUUACCGAGAUUACUGUCUAUUUGGUGAUGUACAGUAUCUCCGGGACUUUUGGCCGAGUAUCAAAGAGAUUUUGGGCCGCAGUUUGGCUUGGGAUAGAGAUAACGAUGGACUCAUAGAAAAUUCCGGCUUCCCCGAUCAAACUUACGAUAGUUGGGUGAUGACGGGACCCAGUGCAUAUUGCGGUAGCUUGUGGUUAGCAUCUCUGCGGUGCGCUGUUCAAAUAGGAAAACUUGUCGGGGAUAACGAAAGCGCUGCGAAGUACUCCGAAGUAUUGGAAAAGGGCAAACUUGCUUUUCAGGAGAAACUGUGGAAUGGUACUUAUUACAACUUUGAUAGUUGCAAAUCGGAUCAUCGGAAAGCCAUUAUGAGUGAUCAACUUUGUGGCCAGUGGUAUUUGCGAGCCUGCGGCUUUGACCAUGAUGUUUUCCCCGAGGAGAAUGUGAAUUCCGCUUUGCACGCAAUAUUUACGAAUAAUGUGAUGAAAUACAAGGAUGGCAAACAAGGUGCAGUGAAUGGUUUUCUCCCAACGGGAUCCAUAGAUUACAUGACAAUAAUGAGCGAGGAGAUGUGGGUUGGCGUUACCUAUGGGCUCGCCGCAUUGAUGAUUCAUCAGGGUAUGGUUGAUGAGGGUUUUCGUACUGCUGAAGGGGUAUAUCGUACUGUUUAUGAGAACAUUGGAAUGGGUUUUGAGACGCCCGAAGCCCUGUUCGAGAAUAAUUAUUAUCGGGCGAUUGGUUACAUGAGACCUUUGGCGAUUUGGGCUAUUCAACACGCAUGGACCAUGAGAAAGAAAAUAAACGACAAAGAGCAGCUGCCCAAUUGAAUGCACGAUUCCAUGGACGCUUUGUAGCUCCAACCAUCGAUUUUCAGUAAAUAUAGGGAUUCUACAUUGUACACGGAAAAUACGGAGAAGGUUGAGGAAAAAUUACUAGAAAACUCUGAUAAUUGGACAGUAGAAUUCGGUUCUAGGUCUUUUUUACUUCAUAUCAAGAGAAAGAAUGCAAGGCAAAGAAAUGGUAAAUUUUUUCUGUUUGCUCCUAAAAAAUUUAUCACUGUCGUCUAAUUUGUUCUGAAAUAGCGCAGUGUGUGUAGAAUUCUAUCAAAAGUUACGCCAAAGAUUACAUAGGUCGACAUACUUUUUCCCUUACAAAGCGCCAAAUUUUCCUGUGAGUUAUAGAAUUAUUAUCGCUCAGGAAUUGGGGAAUAAAAGGGAAAACCCAUGCGAAAAAUUUUAAUAUUUGACGAGAGGUAAUUUAACUCCCACUUGAGUUACUCUUUUACUUGAGGAAACGUAAAAUUCUCUGAAGACAAAGGAAUUUUUCGAUGAAUUAUAUAAAACUACUCGUGAUCUUCGAAUCAAUUUUCCCUUAACUUUUCUCCCGUAGGAAUAGAAUAGAAUAUCAGUAUUGCAAUUAAAAUGAACGAUUUUGUAAUUCAAUAAAACUCAAUUUAUUUUACAAAUUUCUAAAA